GGAAUUUCCUGGGAAAUUUCCCAGGAAAUUCCGAGGAACCCAUAAUUCCGAGGGAAUUCCGACGGAAUUCCUGAAUCCCUCGGAAUUCCGUCGGAAUUCUGGUAAACCGGUUCGUAAACCGAAAAUUCCGACAGAAUUCCGAGGGUUUCAUUUUCCGUCGGAAUUUUCGGGGUAAAACCAGAUCUGCGGAUCUUCUUCCCCAUUUCUCUCUUUUCUCUCUUUUCCCUUGGCGAUUUCCGGCUCCUCCUCCUCUCCCUUGGCGAUUUCCGGCUCCUCCUCCUCUCCCUCUUGAUAUUCGGGCUCCCCCUCCACCCCCACUCCCCUAAUCUCUCCCUCCUCCAUGGAUUCUAGUGACCAGAGUGCGAGGGCUCGAUCUCGUCGGGCCCCACCGCGAGGCCGCGCUACUUCGACGACCCCUUCGGAUUCUCGGGUUUCGUCUAGCCGGUCUCGGGGUUCGUCAUCCUCAUCGCAGAGCCCCCGUCCCGCUAUGGUUCAGCAUGCGGCUCCUUCUCCCGCUGCGGCCCCUCAUCUUCCUCACGACUUCCCAGACAUUCCCGAGCCUCAUGUCGCUCCAGGAGUGAUGACUGUUGCACAGCUGGUGCAACAGCCAGGUCGUGACCAUCUCCCUUAUCUCACUCUGUAUCCUAGGGAACCCGGUCAGACUUGGUUCGACCGAUCCCAUAACGGGAUCAGCGCUUGGAUCAACAGGAUGAUGUAUUCCGACCUCAAGAAGGGAUACGCAACCUUCACAGUGAUGCCGAGGGAUGAGCAGGAGCUCUGGUUUCGUCAGUUUGCUCAAGAGUUCAACUGGCAUCCGGAUAACACGACGUUCAUCCGCAACGCCUUCAUCCACAAAUGUAUGGAUUCAUAUUCCGGGCAAAUAUAUGAAUGGAAGCAGAAGUGGCUAGCGGAUAAGGUCCCAAAGUGGAUCAACAUGACCACUUGGGAGGAGUUGUGUGUCCAUUGGGACAAGGACUCGACGAAGCAGGUCUCUAACACCAACUCCGCCAACCGCAAGAGCGAUCGUGGCGGGAAGGGCAUGUACAAGCACAAUUUGGGUGCUCAGUCUAUUCCCACUCUCGCAGACAAGAUGGCGCAAGAAAAUGAAGGUGAGCCCGUGGGUGAUUUCCCUUUGUACAAGAGGAUCCACACCAACAAGACCACGGGCCAGAUUGAUGACGGUCUUGCGCAGGAGGUUGUCUCCCUGGUGGACAGUAUGACACAAGACGAGGAGGCCCGUCUCUCCCAGAUCCAGGCCGAUCUCGAUCUUGACGCCACAUCUACUGAGUCCACUGCCCUCUCUCAAGUCCGAAUCAACGAGCUUCUUGAAUCGGCGAUUCCAAAGAAGAAGGGACGUUUGGUCGGUUUGGGUCGUCGAUCCAAAUCGGUUCCUCCUACGUCUCAGGUGCCAGUUGAUCCUACUCUGAUGGAUCAACUGAAGGAUAAGGAUGAACGCAUCCGUCAGUUGGAGGAGAAGAUGGCGGCUCAAGAGAGAGCUAGAGAGGCAGACAGGAGGCGGAGUGAGAAGAUGAUGGCGGCCUUCAUGAGGCAAUUCCCGGACCAGAACUUCGACGUCGACGAGGACGAGUAGUUCUAACUUUAAUUUAUGUUUUAAACUUUAUUUUUAUUUUCUGUUUUGUAUGAAUAUUACUUUUGAACUAUUUAUAUUAUGUUUUUUAUUUUAAUUUUCAAUUUAAUAAUUAAUUUUCGAAUUUAAUAA